GCAGCUUUCGCUUUCGUUUCCCCGCGGCUGCAGCGGCCCCGCCCGGAGAUCAGCGCAGUCUUAUAACUCUGGAAGACGACUCAGGUUAUUUUAUUCCAUAGAGUCCGACAUGGCCAUGGAGGAGGAAAACGUAACCAUCAUCAUCAAUAGAGAUGUUUAUGAAAUCCUUAAGAAGAGAGAGGGCUGUCUACGUGAUCUGCUUCAGAAGAAGUUUGUCUGCACGUCAGUCUUUAAGGGUAGACCAUGCCCCGUUGAAGUGUACAGGAAAAGUCCAAAAAGAGGAAUUGCGGUUUCUGUUUGGAUGGAUGAUAUUACAACACACAAUGCUGAUGCAUUGGUCAAUGCAGCUAAUGAACAUCUGGAUCAUGGUGCAGGACUUGCUUUUGCUCUUGCAGAAGCUGGGGGGCCAACAAUUAAAGAACAGAGCAGACUUCAUAUUGAACACUAUGGGACACUCAGUGCUGGGAACAUAGCAGUAACAGGUGGAGGCAGGCUUCCUUGUAAGAGAGUUAUCCACACUGUAGGCCCCAGGUGGCUGGCAUAUAACAAGGAUGAAUGCUGUCACAAGCUUGAGGCAGCUAUUGCAAACAUCCUGACCUAUGUUAAUCAACCAGAGAAUUACAUUGGGUCUGUGGCUAUCCCUGCAGUGAGCUCAGGAAUUUUUGGCUUCCCACUAGAUUUGUGUGCUUCUGUGAUUGUACAGACAAUAAAAACAUUUGUGGAUCUGGCUCCAGUAUUUCCCCCUUUGAAAGAAAUCCGCUUGGUAAACAUUGAUGAGCCCACAGUUGCAGCAAUAAAACGGGCCUGUGAAGAAUACCUGGGCAAGAGUGACACCAGUGCACUUCAGGGGACUGCGCCAGCUUCAUCCAGCUUGUCUCCAGAUUCCAUCACCAUCAAUGGCCUUUGCCUACACAUCAAAAGAGGGCUCAUUGAAAAUCAGUGUACUGAUGUUAUUGUGAAUUCUGUUGCUGUUUAUAAUGAUCUAAAGAUAGGAGGGGUAUCAAAAGCCAUUCUGGGAAAAGGAGGACUGUCUCUUGAGAAGGAAUUUCAGAACAAGUUGAAAAACCCCCAUCCAUUUGUUGAAGGACAACAUGUAUUGACAAAAGGACACAAUCUGGCAAGCAAAACUGUGCUCCAUGUAGUAUGGCCACAUUCUAUCAAUGAUAAACACAAGGUACUCAAAACUGCAAUGGCGAAGUGUCUGCGUGGACUUCAGUCUGCUUCAGUUUCUUUCCCUGCAUUAGGGAUUGAGAAGUUACAAUUGGCAAAGGAUGAAGUGGCAGGUAUUAUGAUUGAUGAAGUUCUCAGGUUUGCAAAGGAACAGCCCCCAAAAAGAAUAGAAGUAUUUUUUGUGCUUCAUCCAAAUGACAAUGACGUGUAUAAGGCUUUCAAAAUGAAGCUUGAUUCAGCAAAACGCCAGCUGGGAGAGAGGAUGAUUAGCAAUACACACCAGAAUUUGGGUUCAGACAGACAAGCUGAAGCAAAGAAUAAGAAAGAUACACCAGUCAUUGUACUUAGCGGAAAUAGAUGCGAGACACUGGAAGCGGCAAAAACGUGGAUCAAAAACCUAGCAGAAGUCCAGGAAAGUCACCUUUUCCAGAUAGAAAACCACCACAUUUUUAACUUUGGCAAAAAAGAGUUUGUGGAACUUUCUUGUCAGCAGUCCUUGGGUGUGUCCAUAUCAGAAGAGGUGAAAGGUGGAAAGACCAGAUUAGAGAUUCAAGGUUCUCCUGAUGCUGUGAUUGAAGCAGUAUUUGCAAUUGAAAACAUGCUGUAUUAUGCACAAGAGAAGAAUAUGGUCAAACAAGAGGAAAUGCUGCUGUCCAAAGGACAACUGGGAACUGAUCCUAUUUCAGGAAGACACCAACACCAGACAGGACCUUCCAUAAUCCAGUACCGGACCACACUGGUAGAACCAAAGUGUCAGGAAUUCAGGGACAGAAAGAGACAGUUUGAAAAAAACGGUCUUCGGAUUGUUAAGAUGGAGAAAAUACAAAAUCCUGUUUUAUUAGCUGCCUUCCAACAGCUUCAAAGAAAUGCAGAAUUGAAAAAUAAAGGCAAGCAAGUGUGUCAAAGGCUGUACCAGUGUGUUCCUGCUCAGUUUUGUAGCCUGGUGUGCCGAGUUGGUUUUCACAGACUGUAUUCCCCUCCACCAGAACAAGCAUAUGGAUCUGGUGUCUACUUUAAAAAGAGCCCCAGAAACCUAAUAGAGGAUAAUGAGCAAUGUGACAAGGACCAUCUUAUCUGUGUAUUUGAGGCAGAAGUAAUAACAGGCUUUUAUACCAGAGGUGGGCAAUCUUACAUUGUGCCACCAGACUUCAAAGUAGAUAGUAAAAGUACAUGCAAAAUUGACAGUGUAGUAGAUGAUGCCCAAGACCCCACUACCUUUGUAAUUUUUAACAGCAAACAGGCUCUUCCAAAAUAUUUGCUCAUUUGUCACCAGAUUCAAACUGAUGGUCCAGGAUCUUCUUGGAACAGUAGCAAAAUGGCAGGUCGGAAUGUUUCAGAAUUCUCGGGUACUAGAAUACCACCGAACCAUGAGCACAGAGGCUCUCCCAAAACAAAGUAAUAGUAUAACCAACAGUACUGCAGAAAUAGUGCCUUCUAGGCCAGUACUGGCUGAAAUAUCCACAUUUGUAUACAAUUAUAACUACAUACAACUUUACAUUGGAGUAGGGUCCUGAAUACAGUUUCUAAUUCUCUUAUUGGUUAAAAUAGCACAGAAGUUUUAUUUUUCAAUAUGUAUCCAACACUGUGCAUUUUAAAAAUAGAAACCUUAGUCGAGUUUGAAUUCAUGUUUAGUCACGGAAAUUAUGUUUUUUCUAUAACUGAAGCAAUGCCUUAUCAACACAAAAUAACACUGCAAAAGAAUUACAGUGCUUUUACUUAAACAUUUAUUUACAUUGUUAAUUUGAUUGUUGUAUUUUGAAUUUAGCUGGAAUACCUGUCGUAAAUACCAUUAUACCUACAGGAUCCACAUUAAUCAGUUGAGAAGUAAUGUUUCAUAGCUUCUAAUGAUUGCCAAAUGAUUUUUAUUGCAGAUUUAGUAGCUAGUUUUGUUGCGGUCUUAUUGAAGUAAAAUAAACUGGCCAGAAAUAAACCAAC